AUGUCACGUUCUUCUGGGAGUAAACAAGAAACCGAAAAUCAACCAACUCUUCGAUCUGGAAUCUAUCUAUUAAUGGUUAAUCCUGACAUUGGUUUAGUAAUUCAUUGGCCUGAAAUAGGAUGUUAUGAAGACAAUGCUUCAUCACAAAAGAAGAAAAAUAUGACUAAUCUUCACAGAUAUCUUACUAAACUCACCGAUCAACAAAUUUGUUUUAUGAGUGAAAAGGAUUUGGAAAAUUUCAAUUGGGGCAUGGAAAAUGAUGAACAAGAUUCAGACGAUGAAGAAAAUAAUAUGUGUUAUGAAUUUGAAGUUAAAAAAAGUCAAGAAGAACAAGAAGAUUUUAAACUAUACCCAGGUUUUACGAUUAAUCUUACAUCCAACGUAAAGAAAGAAUUAGAAAAUAAGAAUGACAAUUCAUUAACUCCUAUGGUUGUCGAAUCUGCUCACAACCAAACAUUCAUUACGCGAAAAAAAAUCACGUCUGCCUUCACUAUGAAAAGACUAAACCCAACCAUCCAGAAAUCCUCAUUUAAGAAAGAAUUCCAAACCCGUGCGCAAGGAUAUGCUAUAGUAAUUGAUCGUAGAAUGAGCAUGAAAGCUUUAGAGUUUUUAAUUAAAUGUGGAUUAGAUCAGGAAAAGAAACUUUUGAGUCCGUUACAGGAUGCCAUCAAUGUUGCAAAAAAGGAUAAUGAUUUAAAAAAAGAUAUAGAAAAGAACGCUAUAAAAAUAGAUGCCGAAUACGUUACAGCUAUGUCACGAGAAAAAGUGAAAGAACUAUACGGUGAAUUCGAACUUCGGUUCAAUAAAACAUCAAUGGAAGCUCCAAAUGUCCAAAUUGAAAAUUCUAUUGUUGAGCGUAUUAAUGCUAAAUAUCCUGAUAUGCAACAGAAAAUUACGAAAGUAACCAAAAUUAAUUCUAAUACUUGGAAAAAAUUAAAGACACGAUAUUUUUUUGCAAGAUUGAUCACUACCCAAGCAUAUAAAGCAAAUACAGAAACAACUGAUGUGAAUAAAGUCGAGAUUGGUCAAUCUACCCUUAAAUUAUUGUAUUCCAUAUUUAUGGAUGAAGAAACUGAUAUGCAUAAAGUUGUUAAAAAAUACACUGAUAAAAAAUACUCUGAAGCUCAAUCAGGAUUUAUCAAGAUAGUUACUUCACUUGCUUCGAUCCUUUAUUCUAAUUCAAACUCAAAUAUUGAUUCUAGACGCAUAGAUGAUUCAUUAAAGGAGGCAGACGAGUUUGCCAAGAGGACCAGCGACACUACUUUUAUUCAAACCCUAUAUAUGAAAACUCCCAAUGAAGUAAUUAGACAAGGAAUCAUCGAUGCUUUCUUCCAUGAAUAUUCAAAAUGGAGAAAAGAUACUUUUAUUGCCGACGUCAAAGGAAUUUUACCUAAAAGUUCUGGUCAAUUGGGUAAAGAUAUAGAUCGUAAAUUAGAUGAAGAACUUACAUUAUUGAAGCGAGAGCUGGAAGAACGUGAAUUUGAAAAAAUAUGCAAAAAAAUUGAAGAAAAGUAUUCAACAGGGCGUAAACUCAAGAUAAUAGAUAUCACUGAAUCCUACUAUAGUGCAUCAUUUCACUUCAACUAUGAGGUUGAAACGACACAACCUGAUCAAUUGCAAAUUACUAUUUACGAGACAUCGUUGGAACAAUCUGAUGCCUUUGAAGUACAAGAGAAUGAAUUACAUGUACCUAGACCUAGGCUGUCUACAAACCUUUAUGGACAAGCAGGAACAUCUUUUCAAAUUAAUCCAGAUGUGUAUGAAAUAAGAAAAAUUUCUCAGUUUGAAAAUAAAAAAUACUUCAUUAUCCUUUGGAACAAGAAACAUCCACGAUAUGAAAUCUUUUUUGAUACUCCAUCACGCCUUAAAUCAAUAUUCAGUUCCGAUUCUCCAAAGACUUUUAAGCCUUUAAAUACAGAAGAACAUUGUAUGUUUGCUAUUAAUGAACCACGAGGCUUGAUUGGCAUACUUCAUACACAAAGUGGAGUGCUAAAUGUUUACGCAUUUGAUGAAGGAUAUACUAAUCUAUUUCCACGCAAUUCAAAUGUUCAAAUAUUACAAUGGUACAACUCUAGGGCUCCAGAUAUACAGCAUUUCUUCUUCAUUAAGGAUACUGAAGAAUUAUGCUUUGUGGAAGUUGGAGGACGAGCGCGCAUCUAUAAUCUUGUUAAUGGCCAAUUUCGUCCAGGAAUAGGGCAGGUUCCAGCUAAUGCAACAAAUGUCAUGUCUACUCCUGAUGGUGCAUGUAUUGUUGCUUUUGUGAAAGAAACGUUUCAAGUAGAACAGCCACUUAAAGACGAAGACGAAGAUGAAGAAGAUUCUUCAAAUAUUAAUGCCGAUAUUAAUGAAACUACGAGUACUCCAAAGGUUGAAGAAAAAUAUUUCGCAUAUAUAUAUUUCUGUACAAGCUUUGGAAAACCUAACGCCAACAAAGUCAUCGAAAUGCCUCUAAACAUGCAAUCUUUUGAGUACCACCAGUUUUCUUUCAUCAAUAAACGUCAAAUCCAUAUAACAACUCUUGACAUCAAGAAUGGUUUAUUCUGUUCGUCAAUUGUAAAAAUUACCCUUGAAAAGACCCAAUACCGUUUCCAACAAAGGUCACAAAAAAGAUCUAUGGGUCAAGUAAGACUAUCUACUUCUCGGAAUAAAAACUUUUCUAUCGUUGAAGGGAAAAAAACGACCUUCACAAAAGAUGUUCGCGAAGGAGAAAUCUUUGUAUUAUCGGGUGAAAAACAUAAUGUAUUAGAGAUUAUUUCAGAUACAAAAUUAAAGAUUUCUAAAUCUUCUCAACCGGCAAACAAUGAAUGGUCGGAAUUUAGAAUUGAGCCAAAAACAAACCUUAACGGUCUUAUCGACGCCUAUAGAAUGAUGUUUGAGAAAUACCCGGUUGACAGUUCUAUUGAUAUAGAAAAAACUCAACCUUUAACUUUACAAAUUGCUUUGGAUACACAAGAUGAUGAUAAAGUUGAAGAUUAUAAAGAUAAAUUUGACGAUUAUGUGACCGAAAUGUUUGAAGAGUUAAAACGAUCAACAAAGAAACCGGCUACUUCUCUAAAAAAGUUUACUGUAACGGCUACUAAUUUUAAUGAUCUUAAUGUUGUUGAUUUUAAAUUCCAACGAAAAAAUACCACUGAAUAUCAACUUGGGGAAUGGAUAAUUCAGUUAUCAGUCUUAAUUCCUAUUCAAAUCGCUGUUGCACGCAAUAAUAUGUUCACUCCACUAAGAGAUGGUUUGUCGUCAGAGGUUGAACAUGCAGACCUUGAAGAUGGUUACGCGAGACAUGUUGAUGCAAUUGCACAAAAUAUAAGUUUCGGAUGGUAUGAAGGCAUAUUUAAACAUUUUGGAAAUCGACAAGUUAAAGUAGUUAGUUCAAUGGGUGAGCAAAGUUGUGGAAAAUCUUAUAUGUUAAAUCAUCUGGUUGGAACAACGUUUGACGGUUCUGCGAUGCGUUGUACUGAAGGAGUAUGGAUGUCAUUAGAUCUGUUUUUAACUUUAUUUAACACUGUUGUAUCAAACAUGAUCCUUUUCAAGAAUCAAUUUGCUAUCAACAGAGAUAUGUCAACGAUGUUUCAAAGGUUCCAAGACGGUGCAACGUUUUUUGAAUCUGAUCCAAAGAUAUUUCAGGCAAAACUUUGUAUAAUUAUUAAAGACGUACCAAAACAAGAUCGUGAAGACAUUGUUAGAGAAUUUUCGUUAAAAUUUAAUACUUUGGUAGCUGAGGAAGGUGAAGACAAUUUCAUAACUCGAAUGUACCCUAGUGGAUUGAAUAUCACUCCUUGGCCAAUUUUCAAUGAUCCUGCAUGGUUCAAGAGUUUAAAAGAUCUUAAAAAGCUUCUUGAUAAACAAAAACCUAAAUAUGAGAACGCACGUAUAUUUUUGCAAAAUACAAAAGUGAUUAUGGCUAAAUUGAAGAUUUGUGAUUGGGGAUCUUUAGAUGAAAACUUAGUUCAAAUUCGUGUUGCAACACUUAAAAGACUUCUUCCAAUAGUUGUCGCAUUUGGUGUCGAGCAAAAAGAUCAAGUUAUUGAACAUUUAUUGAAUCGUGAUACAGGUCAUUGUAUUGCAGAUCCUACUGUUCCAAUAUCUGAUAUAUUUGAAGGCUUAGAUAACACAGCAAGUUUACUUCCUGAUGCAGAAAUUUUACUAUUCGAUGAAAGUAAAGACUUUGUUCAACUUUCGGAUUAUCUAAGAGCUUACUUUGAAGAGAAUAUACAACAACGUAGAGAGGCGCAGAAUGAUAGUAUAUGGUUUAGCCAUUUGGGAAAGUUCUUUAAAUAUAUUGUUGAACGUCGAGUCUUGCGUAUUCAAGAAUGGUUCACGCAAAAUACUGAUAAAUUUCCGCAGGAUAAUAGUGAUGUUGUGAUUGGUCGAUAUGCAGUUGAGCAAGAAAUGAAUAAACUUACAAUUCUAUGGACAUUAUGUGGUCUUACUUGCAAUGAUUGCAACCUUAAAUGUUUAAAAAAUCGUGAUCAUGAAGGAGGACAUAAUUGUCUGACGGAUCAUGCAUGUCACACUACUUGCCAAUUUACUGAAGCACAUAUCGAUAAAAGUCACAUCCCACUAUGUAGUCACAAAGCUGGUCAUGAAGGAAAACAUGCAUGUUCGCAGAUCAGCCACUUGUGUGGAAAACCUUGUCGAUUUUCAGAUAAACGAAAUUGUCAAAAAAGAUGUUCUAAGGAAAUUGGUCAUGAAGAUGAUGAUGAAGACCAUCUAUGUCAAUCUCCACGCCACUAUUGUGGAGCACCAUGCUCGUUAGUUACCAACACGUCAAAGGGUGACUAUAGUUGUCCUAACAAAUGUAUUACACCAUGCGAAGAGGAGCACGAUUCUCAUAGGUGCGAAAAUGAAACGUGUCCUAUUCCAUGCCCGAUGAAAGAUUGUCAACGACGUUGUAAAAGCGACGAUCAUUUUCAUGCUUACUCUGGAAUUUCUGUCAAUCACUUUUGUGGGAAUGAACAUCAAUGCCAAGAAUUUUGUGAAGAUCCUGGUUUAUGUAAAGUCCAAACUGAGCCAAAGAAGCAAGAAGAAGUCUAUAAGGGACUUGUUGAAAAUACCUCAAUUACUUUUAUCAAGUAUAUUCAAGUAAGUGAGAGGUUACAGUGUAGUAGAAAGAUUCCACCAGAUUCAUUCAGUCAUGCGGGAAAGCACUCUCAUGAUCCAAAUGGAGAAGGUGUACAUUAUUGCGAUAAAAAGUGCAGCUUUUGUGAAUAUUACUGUACUUUGCCUUAUGGACAUAUACAAACCUUACAUGACACACACCAUGGAAAUAUGAUCAAAACAGAAUUCACUGCGGAAGAUAACGAGUUUGAAUAUGGAGGACAUCGACACAUUGAUUAUUGUCAAAACCCAGAUGCAUGUAAAUUCAGCACAAAUCAGAAUCAAGAUAUCCAACAUAUCAAUGGUCGAGUUCAUCCUAAUCCAGAUGAACCAAAAGAUUUUAUAUCUCACCGGCUCUUUUGGGAACGUACUGGUUUUAAAGAUCCGUAUACUGCUCAAGAACAACAGGAAUUUUCUAGAUGUGAUCAUGAAUGUAAAGAUGAAAAACAUCAUAAAUCACAAAAUCCAAAUGGUCCACCUCCAUCAAAGUCCUAUUGUGAAUUGCAACUUUUCCACGCUCCAGUUGACCCAUCUCAAAAUCCACCAAAUGGAUACGGAUAUGUUUCUUUAGACGGGCAUCACUUUAAUUGCGAAAAUCCAAGUACAAGAGAAGCUGCAUUUCACAUAAUUUUUGCCUUAGACCGGUCUGGAUCUAUGAAUGACCGUGAUAAGAGACCGCUUCAAAAUACACCAAUUUAUACCACUCUUGCCCAAACUCAUAAUAAUCGACUUGGCGCUGUUUAUAAUGCAGUUCAUUCAUUCUUAACUACACGAUUUACAACACAAAAUGCACUAUCUGCUACACUUAAUACUGCUGCAACUUCUCGAGAUACAAUUUCUUUAAUCCUUUUUGACCAUGAAGUAGUCGUUGGAAUUGAAAAUGAGCCAUUAUCCAAUUAUAAUAGCUUUAUAAACACUAUGCUUCAAUAUAACGCAAGAGGCGGGACCGAUUUUAAUAAGGCGAUUCAGAAGGCCGGAUUUUUAAUUGAUAGACAUUUUGAUCCCACCAAAACGAGUGUUGUCAUAUUUUGUUCAGAUGGAGAGUGCGGAGUACCAGAAGGGCAGCUAAAUCAUAUUUGUUCGAAAAAUAAAGAAAGAGGAUCUCCUAUAUUCCUACAAACUAUUUUGUUCAGCAGUAAUUCAAUGAGCCCAUCAUUGCAAAAAAUGGCAGACAUUGCACAAAAAUAUCUUCCACAGCAAACUUCUUCGGGUUCAUUAAAAUGCCAAUUCACAAGAGCCAUUGAUGAGGUUAACCUAGUUAAUACUUUUACUGGAGUGGCAGAAAGUUUAAGAAAACAUAAGCCAGCAUUGUUAAGAAAGAAUAUAUAA